AUGAUCUCUGAUGUUAUUAAUUACUCUGUUUUUAUUUUAUUUUCAGGAUGCACAGACGAUCGGAUCUUUGAGACAAGGACUGUUAAUGUUGGACAAAAUGUCACUCUAACAUGUGCUCGCCAGAAAACUUGGCUAUCAACAUACUUAUUUUGGAUCAGGCUUGCUUCUGAAACCUUCCCUGAAAUAUUAGGAGGAACAUUAGCCCAUGAUUACAACGUUGAGAAGGAGACUCGUCACAUUACAACAAAACAAGAACCUGGAACAUUUGUCCUGCAUAUUAGCAAAACACAGUUCAACGAUACUGCAGUCUACUACUGUAUAAAAGUGAGAAAUAGCAACAUGACAUUUUCAAAAGGAAUAUUUUUGAGAAUUAAAGGACCAGAACCUGAUAUCACUGCCGUCACUCAAGACUUUCCAUCUGAUCCAGUCCGUCCAGGAGACUCAGUGACUCUGCAGUGUUCAGUCCUCUCAGACUCUAAGAAGAAAACGUGUCCAGGAGAACACAAUGUGUACUGGUUUAAAGCCGGAUCAGAUGAAUCUCAUCCUAGUUUAAUUUAUGCCCAAAGAAACAACAGUGCUGGAUGUGAGAAGAGUCCUGAGGCUCACUCUCCACAGAAAUAUGUCUACAGCUUCUCUAAGAACAUCAGCUCCUCUGAUGCCGGGACUUAUUACUGUGCUGUGGCCGCAUGUGGAGAGAUAUUAUUUGGAAAUGGAACAAAACUGGACGUUGAAGGUAAUUAG